AUGUCGGAUAUGGCUGGUAUCGCAGAGACUCAGGCCCAAGCCGAUGCUGAUUUAAAUUACCUACGAGAAGAGAGGGGUAGUUCAGGCCACCAGGACCUGGGCAAACCAGCUCUAAUAUCCAGUCUUGACAAUGCUCUUUCGCUUUUUUCAGGCGAACUUUAUAAGACCCCAACACAUUUCCUCUUAGAGUUGAUUCAAAACGCAGAUGACAACAGCUACGCACCUGGAGUCUCCCCCACCCUCUAUUUAAUGCUAUAUGAGCGAGAUGGCCAAACAUACUUUCGCUCUGAUUGUAAUGAAGUGGGCUUCUCACUAAAACAACUUGACGCCUUAUUGCUAGUAGGGCAUAGCACGAAGUCCACAGUGGGCGGCCAGAAGGGUUAUAUUGGAGGGAAGGGUAUUGGAUUCAAAUCCGUAUUUAAAGUAGCCGAUGUAGUCCACAUCGCGAGUGGCUUCUACGAGUUCAUGCUAGACCGCAACAAGCCAAUUGGUAUGAUAUUACCCAUCCUCAGCUGUUUCCCCGGUGCAGAUCGCAAACCCAAACACACCCAAUUCCUCUUGGAAAUCAAAGAAAAAGACACCUACGCAGAAAUCCAGAGAGACAUGGAGAGAACUAAAUCUCCGCUUUUAAUUUUCCUUCAGAAACUAGAAAAGCUGCAGAUGUCUACUCCGGACACCAUCAAAACCUUUUCACGCCGUCUUUGUGGGUCUGAUAAUCUUUUUGGAGGCGAAACUAUUACAAUAAUAGGAAAAGAUGAGAUCCGAGGCUUGACACAAGAGACAAAAUAUGUUGUGCAACGACAUGAUGUUCGAAAACUUCCAACGGAGCCUCGAAGGAUUGGAAUCACAGUGUCGGAAGUUAUAGUCGCCUUUCCUGUCAAAGACACAAUCUAUCCCAUAUUAAGAACCCAUAAAGCUUUCGCAUUCCUACCUGUUGAAAAUUGCGGGUUCCAGUUCAUGAUCCAUGCCGACUUCCUGCUGGUCGCUAGCCGGGAAUCUCUCGAGGUUAGAAAUUCGUGGAAUCUCGCUCUCCGAGAUGGUUUCCGCAAGGCUUUUCUGAAAGCGGUAGAAAGAUUUAUAGCCAUGCCCGCGAAUGAAAGGGGCGAAGGCUUAUGCUAUACAUGGCCAAAAUACCUUCAGCGCAAAUCUAGAAGCUCAUCGUUCUGGGACAAUCUCCAUGAAGGCAUCUUAAACGACCUGCGCGAAAAUUAUAUACUCGAAUCUCGUGAUAAAAAUAACGGUUUUCAUAGACCUAGAGAUCUUUUCUAUGUACCACCAGAAUUUCGGUAUAAUGGUAAUACACUUUUCGACAGCACACAGACAAGGAAAUCACAUUUGGCGUUCAAUUACGACGGCGUAUACGAUGAACUACAACAUAUUGGAGUUCAGAGACUUUCUAUUAGGGGCUUGUACGAGGAAUUCAAAAGCUGGAUCGCGGAACAGGGUCUGGGUAGUAUCAAAUUCCAGUUACACGCGUGGCAUCAGCAAGUCAGCCACCUCUUCUACAACGAAGAAUUGCCGUUGGAUGAGCUCAGGAACCUCCCUAUUAUUCCCCUUCGAGAUGGCUCCUGGGUAAAGGCUAAGAAAAAGCAUGUGUACCUCGCUGCACAACACAAUGACGAGCACGUUCCUACCGGCAUCGAUGUUUUCAUUGUGGACGAAGCUGCAUCUCAAGACCCUAUAAGAAGACAUUUCUUCGAGUUCUUGGGAAUCAAGGAAUAUAAGCCUCAACAAGUCUGUAACCUCAUUCUCGAGCUACAUCGCAGUCCUUCAUUCUUCUUGUCAGACCGCGCCGACGAUGAUUUCGUAUCCGAUGCGGCUUACCUCUUCAAUCAUAGAUCGUUAUUCUCAAUUAGUGGAGUCCCUGACAUAUGGUUUGUUGUUCAGCUCUCAGGGAAAAGAUUACGAAGUAAAUAUCCGGUCUACUUCGUUGACCAGGCCGUCAAGCCAGGCCUCAUCGAAAAGUACAAAGACUUACCGGAAAAUCCUUUUCCAGUCCUCGUUCAGGAAUACGAGGCAGUUAUAUGUGGUGGAGAGGAAACGAUUAUCAAAAUAUUCCACGACUGGCUCUUGAAAUCUCAUACUCUGCGCCUCCAGGCUGUUCCAACACUUGUGCGCGAUGGGGCUCUUACCCGCGAAUGGACUUUUCUCCACAAGAAUGAUACGGUAGACUUGUUACAGGCUGUGAAAUUCCACUGGGGUAAGAAUCACCGGGAUCCAGCUCUUUACAAGGCCGUGCGAGAGCUACAAAUGCGAUGUCUGGAUGACACUACUAGGAACUUAGGUAUACUGGCCAUACCGACUAAGGAGCUCAUGCAGGAGUGCCCACACCUUAGCUUUGCUAUGGUACCUAAUCCAACCAUAAAAAACUGGGGUUUCUUAUCUGAAUUUGGCGUGCUUACGAAGUGCGAUGUGGUUGCUAGGCUCCGAGAACUCCAGUUUAUUAGCAGUCUUGCUCUUGAUAAAGUUGACAAGAAAGCUGUCCAUACCAUCUACAAGGCAUUGGGGAAGAGUUCAGCUUUAGACCAGAGAAGAAUCCAAGAAGCGUUCCGUAAUCAUCCUCUAGUAUUUAUCGCUCAACCAGGACCCAAAUGGAUUAAGCACAGCACCUGCGUAUGGACUGCUCCUAGACCCCUGAAAAAGAUUAUCAAACUUGAGUCCCAUUAUACAGGCUGCAAAAACUUGUUCUGUAAUUAUCUGGGCGUAAAACCGGCGGACAUUCAUCACGUUGUGGAUGAAUUCUGUUCGAUGGCAGAUGAGGACUGCGAGAAUUCAGUGCGGCGAUUCGAGGAAUUAUCUUCAUUAUUAAAUCAUUUUUAUAAUAAAGGUAUUUCGCUUACGGAGGAGCAAAUCAAUAAGAUCAGAGCUUCUCCAGUAUUUCCAGUCCUAAGCACCGAGUAUGCGUCUCAAACGAGAUCUGAUAUUGACCUGCGUUCUCUGGACGAUGGAGACUGGUACAUUCCAGACAAAACUACACUUGAAUCUGCCUUCCGCGCUAAGGCAAAUCUACUCAACCUAUCGGUGAAGUCUAUACAAUCAAUUGCUGGCCUGCUUCAACAAUUGGGCUGCAAGGGCAUGUUUCUCUCCUCUGUUGUUAAAGAAAUAGUUGAGCCGACAGGGGAGAGCAUCCACGACCUUCAGCUCGAAGGAGACCUCAAAUAUCGACUCAAAUAUAUCUCUUGUCUACUGACAGAGGAAGAUGAAACCCCCAAGGAAAAAAUAUCACGGAUCCAUGUUUGGUCCGUGCCAUCCAUACAAAUUACAAGACGUUUAGAUAAUGUUGAAGUCGUGGAUGAUAAUGAAUUACUCAAAAUCCAAGAAAAUGGCGAUAAAACUGACAUCUAUAUUCGAGAAGAUAUAUCGAUGUACCAACAGCCCAUGGUCAAUUAUGACCUUGCAAACUAUUUCUCUCUCCAGUUCCAGAUAGACACAGAGGACACCAGCCUUUUAAACCUUCUGAUGAGCGCUCCGAUAAAUGAGCUCUCUGGAAUUAUCGAGAAACAUGAUCGGUUCAUCCCAGAUGAACUAAAUGACGCAGAUAGUGACAGCCAGUGUGCUUUUAUUAGGGAAGAUACGAUGUCUGUGGGACGAAGUGAGAAUGGUGAGGAUGGUAAAGAUCAUAACCAGUUGGAUAACAGUGAAGAUGAAAAGAGCGAAGACGAGGAGCUCGAGGAUGAAUCAGGACCAGAAAAUGAGUCGGCAUCAGAGAAUGAGUUGGCGUCAGAAGAUGAGUCGACAUCAAGAGACGAAGAGAACGCACGCAGCGUUACUGUUUCAUCUAAAUAUCCGCAGUCUCUUCGAGAGUUGAUUCCUUCACAUCAAGACAGAAUCGAGAAGAUCAUUUCGACGGCCAGCAACUUCCAAAUGUCAGACUCUCGUGUUUCGAAGGUCUCGGCUUCUGCACGAUCUCUUGGACCAAAUCAUGUAUCCAGCCUUUCUCUUCCGAUAAGAACCGAAAACACCGACAACGAUUUCGGAUACAAAUCCUCAGUUGGCAAGCAACUUCAACCUCUUCCCAUGGUUAGGCCUGAAUCGGAGGAGUCGUUCGACAUUGCUCCAGCGGCCAUGUCUCAUGGCGGUAACCGUCACAGGUCUAUUUCCAUAAGUAGCUAUCUUAACACGCCAACAUCAUCACCUCCUCAGUCACUGCCCAGGUCAAUCAACAAAUUCGUACCAGUGACGAGAAUACGGUAUAGAGAGAUCGGGUUUCGCGGAGAGCUUUUUGUUCAUAAAGUAAUGGAACGUCAUAUCAAUGAUUGGACUUUUAAGAACUGGACUAGCAAAAUGCGAACCGAGGCCGGAUACCCCCUCUUCAUCGAGAAAGAGAAAUACUUUACAGACUUUACGUACCUUGAUAGUUCUGGAUAUAUGAAAGAGGUGCUCCAUGCGGCUAACGUUGACCUACGAGCGCACUGGUCUAAUAGCACUACAUACCAUCUUGAGAUCAAGACUGCGUUGGAAAGCUGCAACGAGCCAUUUUUUGUUAGCCAAAACCAACUUAAUAUGAUGCGAGAUUUUGAUGAUGAUCCAAAUCAUGUAUAUAUCAUACUCAGAGUGUUUGGCAUGAAGAGUAAAUCCCCGGGGAUUAUGUUUUUCCCUAGGCCCUGGGACCUCUAUUUGAAUCGGAUUCUUGACCUCCGAUCUAACGAAGGAUAUAAAGUAUACCAGGAGGACGGGGUCAAAAAUACUAUUUCUAAGCAUGCAUUGGACACGGGUGAGGAGCAUGGUACAUAA